GAAUCAAUUUCGGUGUAUGGGUCCAUCCAGCUAUUGCUCCGCCCCGUAUCUACGCCACAUUUUUCGAACCCCUAAAUGUUCGUCUCGAUUCCACGGCGAAGGAUCUUCAGGUUAAAGUGAGAGCGGAAGGAACCGAGCUCGAACCAUCUUGACUAUCUUCUUCCACAACAGCUACAGAGGUUUCUCUUCUGCUACAAAGUAAGAAAUCACAAGUGAGAAGACAAUGGAUAUAUUCAAAUUAUUAACUGAGGAUGAUGAUGACACGGUUUUGAUUUUACAUGAUGAGGAAACAAUGUAUGCUGCGGUCCAGCAACUUUAUGGAGUUAAUCCUCGUAGUAAGAUGCAAAGGACAACUAGAGCUGUAGCACAAGUGAUUAAGGACAAUAGCCAAUCACGUCUUCAUGAGAUACUUUCCCACAGGAAUCAGCUGAUUGAGAACCACCCAGAUUUUAGUUGUAGUCAGCUUAAGGCUAUGAAGGUUUUACAUUCACUGACUAGUAUAAGAAUGUGGUCUCUACUGUACAAGGCAUCAAUUCAACAUCUCCAAGAAGAUUCUGGGAAUCGGCAAACGUUCUUGAGUUAUGAAGAUGACGAAAACAAAGUUCUUUAUUUGGAGUUUGUAACUGGUGAAAGCAGAGAUGCUUGAGUGAAUCAUAAGGAAAGAACUUUAAUCGUUUUUGUGUUGUUUUUGUAUCUUAUCUUGAAUUCUGAAUCUUGGUUAAGUUGUCUUUGAAUCUUUUAUGUAGGACACUUUGAAUCA